AUGGCUGCUGCUGCUCUUGAUCAGAACGAUCACCAUGAUGAUGAUGAUGAUCUUGUGGGUGUUUUUGGGGCAGGGGUGGAAUCACAGUGCGUUUCGAUUUUUGGACUUGUUUCUCUGUGUAACCAAAACAAGAGCAAGAAGAAGAAGAUGAACGAGCCUGGUGAAGCAGGAGAGAGGAGGAACGUGGUAGAUCCCCUGCUAUGGCACGCCUGCGCCGGACGACUGGUUCACGUUCCUCCGGUCAAUGCGAAUGUGUUUUACUUCCCUCAGGGCCACGUCGAGCACGCCGGAGCCAACGCCGAUUACUUAGCCGCAUAUAGAGUUCCGCCGAACAUUCACUGCCGAGUCACGGCCGUGGAGUUCAACGUGGAAUUAGAUAGCGAUGAGGUUUUCACCAGGAUUAGUCUCGUCCCGUUGCCGAUUGAAGCCUAUAUCGAGGCCAUCAACCGCGACUGGGUCGACGACGUUCUGGGCGGGAUUGUGAACUUAGAGAGACCGCAGUUUUUUUCUAAGGUGCUUACACAAUCCGACGCUCACAAUGGCGGUGGUUUCUCAGUUCCGAAGAAACUGGCGGAGACUAUUUUUCCGGCAUUGGAUUACAAUGAUGAUCCGCCGGUUCAGACUCUUCGAGCCAGGGAUGUUCAGGGCAGGAUUUGGAGGUUUCGGCAUGUGUAUAGGGGGAGGCCUCUUCGGCAUUUGUUGACUACAGGUUGGAGUAAAUUCGUUAACGCCAAGAAACUGGUAGCCGGAGACUCGAUCGUGUUCUCGAAGGCUGACAAUGGCGAGGUCUCUGUCGGAAUCAGGCGAGUGAAGAGGGAAAGUAGGGUAGGAAGAAAGAGGGCUGAAAGUGCUAUUGAAGCUGUAAAUCUUGCGGUGCAAGUGAAGCCAUUCCAAGUGAGUUACUACCCAAAUAAUGGUACCACAGAGUUCUGCGUUGAGGCCACGGCGGUGUAUGCGGCGGUGAUGAGGAAGAGUCAGUUGGGCCCUGGGGCAAGAUUUAAGAUGGCUUUCGAGAGUGAGGAUUCCUCUCGGGUGAGCUGGUUCAUGGGAUCCAUUAACUCUAAUGUAGAUGAUCAACCAAGCCGCUGGCUUGAUUCUCUGUGGCGCCUUCUACAGGUGACAUGGGAUGGAGGAGAUAUCAAAUUUGUGAGGGGCAUCAACCCAUGGUUGGUCCGAGUGGUGAGCACACAUACCAUCCAAAACAAUGACCGUGACCGUGACCGUGACCGUGACCGUGACCGUGGCCGUGGCCGUGACCGUGACCGUGACCGUGACGGCACACAUGCAGCCAAGCAAUUGGAGAAGUCCACCAAUACUGAAAACAACAACAACCAGAUACUUCACUUAUUUGGUGUACGCAUAGACACUGGACAAAAGAGCUGUCUCUAA